AUGCUGUACGCCUCGCUUGGCCAAGGUUGCUGUUACCUGCUGAUCACCAUUCUCCUGCGUUUCAACGAAAAGGACGGCUAUGCUCACCAGAACGAAGUUGCAUCUGCCUCGAUUGCAUUCUUCUUCCUCUACUAUGUCUUCUUCGGCAUCGGCUGGCAAGGUGUUCCCUGGCUUUACCCGGCUGAAAUCAAUUCUGCAUCGAUGCGUACCAAGGGUGCUGCUUUGGGCACUGCAACAAACUGGAUCAUGAAUUUUAUGGUAGUCGAGAUCACGCCUAUCGGUAUUGCCAGUCUCCAUUGGAAGUUCUACAUCAUCUGGACGGUCUUUAACUUUAGUUUCAUCCCUAUUGUGUACUUUUUGUAUCCAGAAACGGCUGAUCGAACACUUGAGGACAUGGAUCGCUUCUUCCGCGAGAACCACGACCCUCUGGUGUUCCGCCACAAGGAGGCCAUCAGCACCAAGCGUCCUCUGGCCUACAUCGAGCAUGAGCAAGAAGAGGUCAGACGUACGUCCUCUGUUCAUGCUGGCAUGGCGAUGCAAGCAGCUCGCAACAAGAGCAAUGCUACCGAGUAUAACGAGAAGAAAGAAGGCAGGGCUCCCAUGCUUAGUACUGAUGGCAGUCACGACGAGUUCAAGGAGGAUGUCUAG